UUCAUUUUGACCUUAUUCUCGGUAUUGUAGCUGAUAACUGCGGAAUUCCCCAAGUAUAUCAAUAGACAGUUGUUGUCAGUUGUCAAUAGGAACUGAUUUGUUACGUUUUAUAAUAUUGAGGAGCAUAAUUGAUAAGGUUUUUAAGGUUUAAUUUUGGAUUUUGUGGUUUAAUUUCGAGUGGGUUAGACCAGUGCUUCUCAAUCUUUUCAGGACUUGAAAAUUCUAUUUUGCCAUUUCUGGUUAAAUUUCUGGCUUCUGUUAACACUUCUGGUACCUAUUCAAAAUCGAGAAAAGUUUCGUGGAGCACGGCUUGAGAACCACUGAGUAGAUUUGACAUUUCACCUCCAGACACACAUACAGCAUUAAGUUUGCUUGAAAAAAAACGAAUAAUCUUGUCAGACGCAACAGUUUGAAUGAAUCUUUGGAGAACAUUAGUUAUUAUAAGUCAAAAAAAUUUUGAAUUAAAAAUGAUUAAGUUUCUUAUUGUUUUUGCUGUUUGUCAAUUGAGUUUGGCAUCUAUAAUAAAACGAUCUACGGAAUCAUUUACCUUAAAAAAUGCUACUCAAUUUGAGUCACCAUGGCUGGCACUCAUUAAUAUUAAAGUAAGGAACUUACGAUGUGGUGGAAGUCUUGUUAAGGAUAAAUUCAUCAUCACAGCUGCCCAUUGUUUUGAUGGCAUCAACAUUAACUCACCAACAUUAAAGAAGGACAUUAUGGUUGUUCUUGGCGAAUGGAAGACAGACUCAGAUCCAGAUUGUGUUGCUGCUGAUGACUCAUGUGAACGAGUUGCUGAAAUUCCACCGAAAAAAAUUGUUAUUCAUGAGCAGUAUCCUCGAGACACACGGCGCAAUAAACAUAAGCAUGACAUUGCAAUUAUUCAGCUUGCUUGGGCACCAAGAAAAUCGGAAUUGAUUGAAAAUAUUGAUUUGACUGAUGGCGAAUGUGAUGAUAAUUAUGAAGAUGAGGAACUUUUUGUGACUGGAUUUGGGCACACACCCACAUCAGGAAAAGAGUACGCUAAGAUUAAAAAAAGCAUUAAGAUGUCAAUUCAGACAGAAAAGUACUGCGGAGAAAAUCUAAAGGACUCCUUUGUUCGAGGAUUUCAUAUGUGUGGCUUGGGUACCGAAGGUGAAACAACUUGCCCAGGAGACUCUGGAAGUGGAGUUACAAGUUACAAAAAUGAUAUCCAUAAGUUGGAAGGUCUAGUUGCGUAUGGAGUUGCAACAUGCAAAGCAGGAAAUAAACCAUCUGGUUUCGUCAAAGUGGCGUGCUUUAAUGACUGGAUAGAUAAGAAUAUUGAAAAGCUAUCUAAAAAGAAGAGAACUUAAAGUAUAAAGACAUCUUUUUUUUAGUAAAAACCUCAAACAAAAUUUCUACAUUUUUCUAUAAAUUUAUUUUUUUAAAUUUAAUUAAUGAUUUUUAAAAUGUUUUAUAACUAUUUUUGGAAUAAAAUUUUCUUCAAAGUUAAUUUGUGACUUUAUUGUUUCAUUCUGGGUUUAUUUUUGAUUUUGGUUAGUAAACCUAAACUCAACUAGUAGUCGUCCAUUCUGCCCUGACUAUUGUUCUCUGGAGUAUUGAGGCAUUCAUCAUUUAACUUGUAGAACGCAACAGCAAUGUUU